AUGUGCAAGGCCAUGAGCAAAACAGCGAGCUGGGAGAUGGACGGACUGCGCAGCGACAGCAGCGGCGGUGGCGGCGGCAGCGGCGGAGCCCCGGGGCAGUGCCGUAAUUUUCUCUCCUCGCCCGUUUUCGGGGCGGCACACACGGGCCGAGCAGCAGUCGCCGCCGCUGCCGCCGCCGCCGCCUCGGGGUUCACCUACGCCGGUGGAGGGGACCGUUCGGGGGCGGCGGCGAGGCCUGACCCCCCGGCCAAGGACUGCCCAGGCUCCACCGCACCGGCUGCCGCCCCCGCUCUCGGCUAUGGGUAUCACUUUGGCAAUGGAUACUAUAGCUGCAGGAUGUCCCACGGAGUUGGGAUCCAGCAAAACGCCCUGAAAUCUCCCUCCCAUGCCUCAAUUGGCGGCUUUCCUGUGGAAAAGUACAUGGACGUCUCCAGUCUGACCAGCACGAGUGUCCCAGCCAAUGAAGUCUCCUCAAGGGCGAAGGAAGUAUCCUUCUACCAGGGCUAUACAACCCCUUACCAGCACGUUCCUGGUUACAUAGACAUGGUCUCAACGUUUGGCUCUGGGGAACCGAGACACGAAACAUACAUAUCAAUGGAGGGCUAUCAGUCUUGGACUUUGGCUAAUGGCUGGAAUAGUCAGGUUUACUGUGCCAAAGAUCAGACACAGAGCUCACAUUUUUGGAAAUCGUCUUUUCCAGGGGACGUUGCACUAAACCAGCCCGAUAUGUGUGUCUACCGGCGUGGGAGAAAGAAGCGUGUGCCGUACACAAAGCUGCAGCUUAAAGAACUCGAGAAUGAAUAUGCCAUUAACAAGUUCAUUAACAAGGACAAGAGGCGAAGGAUAUCCGCAGCCACAAACCUGUCUGAGAGACAAGUUACCAUUUGGUUUCAGAACAGGAGGGUGAAGGAUAAGAAAAUAGUCUCCAAACUGAAAGACAAUGUAUCUUGA